AGGAAUGAAAAGACGAACACCAAAUGCAUGAUAUACAUGCUUGCGCCAUAAGUGAUGUUUCCUACAUAUUUGACCAGAGUCGAGAAGCACUUCCGAAUAGAUCCUGAUGACUUACCGUAUAACAUUGCUGACGAAAUUGAGCAGGCAAAGACAUCUGCAGAUGUUAGGACUCUUGUUCCGUUAACACGAGAGGGAAUACAAUAUCUCUCUCGGCGCUUCCCACCUGUGCGAAACGCCGCGGAUCUUGACGAACUCCCCCAAAAACUGAAAGGAGGCGACGAAUUUGGGUUCUCGCCCCUUUUCGAUCCCGCUCUUGUUGAUGCAUGUUGUCAGCGAGGAGUUUUUCCUUUGACCCAAAGCGUAGGAAGAGGGUUUUUCAUUUUUGCGCCGAAAGUUCACAACGUGAGAGCAGUCUGUGCACUUGUGACGAGCCCGUGCGAACGAAACGCCAUCAGAGGUUUUCCAUUCAGCGACGACAAUGAAGGAAUUUUUAGUCGCAACUGUGUUGGACUUUCCCGAAAGCUAUUGAAAGACCCGGAAGAGUCGACAAGACGACCGUGCUUCGAGGUUUUUGUGAACCGAAAAGAGGACUUAUUCGACAUUUUCACGUUAAUACGGAAGCAACAUGGGGAAAACUGGCUCUGCAAACCACUGCGUUUGUGUCUGUUUCACAUGUUUUUUAAUCCUGAAAAAUAUAGCACAAAAAUUGUAAUUACUGCUAUUCGACGGAAAAAGUACGAUGAUAGGCCCGCAAUUCAAGGUACUCAGGAAGUUAUGGAAGGCGAACUUGUUGCGGGUGAGGUGGGGUUUCUCGUUGGCGACAUUUACUCUUCUGCUAGCGGCGCGUAUUGCGUAAACGGAGGCGGUGCACUACAGCUGUGCUUGACGGGAUUGUGCAUGCACGCAGCCGGUUGCCGUGUGUGGGAUCUUGGAAUGAUGAUGGUCUACAAAACGGCACUUAAUUGUUUCGAAAUGCCACGAAUGAAAUGGUUGAAACUUGCUGCUGCACGCUGCUCUAACUCAAAUACGAGCAUUCUAAAAUAUCUAGAAGAUUUAGAAUCCGGGAGAAGUGUAAACUUCUUAUUGCAAACCUCGUCUUUUACUCAUAACGCCAGUCCAAACAGCAAAGCUCAGCAAAAAAAGCGCCUGAAAGCAGAAGCACUUGCUAAAAGAAAAGCUGAGAAAGAAUCAAGAAAGUAA